AUGGACGCGAAGCCCCAACGCAUCCGUGUCCGUGGUGACGAGAAUGCUCCCUUUCCCCUCGCCGCGACCAAGACACUUCACCAACGAACGAAGUCUACUACUGCAUUGUCCGCAACCUUCCAGAACGGUGCCAGUAAGAAUGGAGCCCGCAGAGCCGCCUUUGGAGAUGUCAGCAACACCGCCAGCCUAGUUCACGGCAACCGAGACGAUGCCUCCCUUGCUGGCAGGAAACCAUCCAAAUUGCUGGAGAAGGGAUCUAUGGCUACGGAAAAGAAGUCGACCGCGCUGUCACAGCCCGCCCAACGUCCCGUUUCCAUGUCGGGUUUCAAGGGCCUGCUGAACAAUGUGACCAACCCCAAGCCCCUUGAGGUCACGAAGCAGGCAGCUGGGCAGCAGCAAAGCACAAACUCCCGUAAGACCUUGAACAAGCGCGCUACGGUUUUCAAAGAUCACCUAGAACCAUUGACGGAGAGCAAAGAACUUACAUCCAAGGAAUCGAAACCCGAACCUAAGGAAGGCAACAUGAAGGGCCAUUCAAAACCAAGCUUGGGGGAACAUCUGCAGAAGGACGGCAAAGUGGAGGGUACUGUCUCUUUGAAUGAAAAAUUAGAGAGCGAAAUGUGCAAACUCGAGGUUCUGUUGUCCCAGCCUGGAGCCGAAGAAGACGAGAAGGAGUUCCCGGAUCUUGAGGACGACGAUUGCAAAGUGCAACCUAUGCCGAAGCAAACCGGCGAAGCUCAUAUCGCAGCGGACUCCAACGGACCCGCUAUUAGCUCGAGGGUCACUUGCAAAUCCACCACAGUCUCCCGUGCUUCACAGGAUGACUUACCUCAUCAGUCGGAACCUGAAGAAUACUGGGACGAUGACGAUGAGGAGAACGAGGAAGACGACUAUAUCACUGCCCGAUCAUACCGCUCCCGUAGCGAGAAUACCACCGGCGGAGCAACGACCCUACUGUUUCCCAGAUAUAACCAGCAGGUCAAACGUGAGCUGGCUCUCGCAAAGCAGAUAGUCGAGGCUACCCGCACCGUGGAAGAUAUCGAGGACGACUAUUGUGAUACAAGUAUGGUGGCUGAAUACAGCGAGGAGAUUUUCGAGUACAUCAGAGAGCAAGAGAUCAAGAUGCUGCCAAAUGCACAUUAUAUGGACAACCAAGCCGAGAUCCAAUGGUCCAUGCGGUCUGUUCUCAUGGACUGGCUUGUGCAGGUCCACCAUCGGUUCUCACUGCUCCCUGAAACUCUUUUUCUUUGCGUCAACUAUAUCGACCGUUUCCUCUCAUGCAAGAUUGUUUCGCUUGGCAAGCUGCAGCUUGUUGGUGCGACUGCUAUUUUUAUCGCCGCGAAAUAUGAAGAGAUCAACUGUCCGUCUGUCCAGGAGAUUGUUUACAUGGUUGACGGCGGUUACACUGUCGAUGAAAUUCUGAAAGCAGAGCGGUUCAUGCUAAGCAUGCUCCAGUUCGAGCUUGGGUUUCCAGGACCUAUGAGCUUCCUUCGCAGAAUCAGCAAAGCUGACGAUUACGACCUCGAAACUCGCACACUUGCGAAAUAUUUCCUGGAGGUUACUAUCAUGGAUGAGCGAUUCGUUGGUAGUCCUGCUAGUUUCCUUGCUGCCGGCGCUCAUUGCUUGGCGAGGUUAAUGCUCAAGAAAGGCACCUGGUCUCCUGCUCAUGUGCAUUACGCCGGUUAUACUUACUCUCAGCUAUACCCGCUCGUCUCUCUCAUUGUUGAGUGCUGUGAGAUGCCCCGCAAGCAUCAUUCAGCUAUUUACGAUAAGUACAACGAUAGACGAUUCAAGCUUGCUUCUGCUUACGUGGAAGCCGAAAUGAGGAAGAACUUCCGUCUUCCAGAGCCGGCUAUCGACCGCAAAACAACACUUGGUCAAGGACAUUAG